GAGCCCAGUGUUCCAGCCACAACAUUCCAGAAGAGCUCAGGGAAGGGCUGAGAUGGCCUUCUUCAACUUGUAUCUGUUGGGAUAUCAAAAUGCAUUUCGGGACAAAAAAAGACGCACAGCUGAAGAGAAAAAUCACAAGGAGCCCGGGCUGUCCAGGCUUCCUCCCAUUGUCUCGGAGAACAGGAAUUACUCUGUGCACCAGAACAGCCACACGAAGUACCACGAAGCUGUACGGAAGGUGUGGCUGAAGACGUUCCCCAAUCAGGUCUUCCGAGUCCCACUGACUGACGCGCAGAACUUCAGUUUCUGGCGGUCCCAGGACCCAGGAGUGCGCCCAGAGGAAACUAUGCCGUGGAUUCGGAGCCCAUGCCACUGUCUCAUUAAGAGCCCAAUGACCAGGUUUAUGGAUCACUCUAUUCUCAACGACAGAACCUUCAGUCUGUAUUAA